AUGGAUGUCUACUACUUCUACUCCUACGGCACCGCUGCAUGGCUCAUGACGCAAUCCGUGCCUCUCAUUACCUCCCCCACAAUGAUCGUAGCAUUGCUGUCACCAGAGGUUCGCGAAGCGACGACUCUGGAAGUCUACUUCAGCCGUUCGCUCGGCCUCACGCUGAUAGCGUUGGGAAUUCUUACGGUGCUCCUCACAGGCUCUGUGCCGUUAUCAAGUCGUCUCUCAGAAGGCGCAACAACCCAAGCCGAGGAUCCAAAAGCACCAUACGCACUGCCAACCCUUACCAUAACCGCCAUGUUCCACGCCGCUUAUGCCUUUUAUGGAUACGCCAUGUGGACCAAGACUGGAGUCAUGUCUUUUAGCCUGGGUACACUUGGUUCUGGUUUCCUGGCCACGAUCGCGCUGUGGUGCAUCUUGUUCGCUAGUAGCAACGGCAGGAUCAGCAGGAAGACUGGUGCGGAUAAGAGGACGAGUGGGUUCCCAUUCAAGAAUGCUGAGGCAGACAAGAGGAAGGCUAGGUAA